AUACGACCACAGGGUGUGGAGAACAGGGCUUCCCGUCCGCUCAGCCGUACUUAAGCCACACGCCGGGAGGUUAGUAGUUGGGUGGGUGACCACCAGCGAAUCCCUUCUGUUGUAUGUUUUUGCAAUUUUUUCCCUCCUCCGGAGGGAACAAUAUUACUUUUUAGCUCUUUAACUCGCUGAAGUGACCUUGUUAAACCACAAACUAACAUGUCUUCAACAGCGUCUUCGCGAAAUAACAGACCCCUCUUCAUCCCCCUCCAUCACUAAAGAAGAAAACCCCUACCACCAUCUCCGCAUCACCGUCACAAGCGGUGGAUGCCAUGGAUUCCAAUAUCUGAUGUCCCUGGAGGCCGCAUCCAAGAUCGAUGCGGAGGAAGAUACUAUCUUCGCAGCCGAGCCUGAGGAAGGUGAGGCGGAGGCAGCGGGCGCCGGCGAAGCUAAAGUAGUUAUGGACGAGCCAUCGCUGGAGCUUCUUUCGGGCAGUACGGUGGAUUAUACGAUGGAGUUGAUUGGAAGUCAGUUUAAGAUUGUGGAUAACCCGCGCGCGACGAGUAACUGUGGAUGCGGGACGAGUUUUGAUGUUCAGGACUGAAUGAGGACCUAGCUAGAUAGGUAUCAUUCCUGGACCCAACUUCAACUGUAUAUGUGUAUCAUACUAGAAUAUGAGAUAGAGUAAUGCUAUACCCCCAC